GGGCUGCUUCUCGCUCUUCCUUUACUUUCGACUCCCAUCUCGCUACUCACGAACAUCAUCUGCUUAAACCGAGAAUCCGGCAUCAAGCACACGUAUCUCUUUUCAGCAGCGGCUCGGCAAUCAUGACGCAGUCGUAUCCUAUUGCCGCGCCAAACAUCCAGGGCAUCGUGACACCAGUACUAUCCGCCUUAGCUGGUGCCGCUGUCUCGACACAACCUCCCCCCGAGGUCCUCCCGUCGUUUUCGCCGAUUCUCCGCCAGCGAAUCCAUCUUCUGUCCGCGUCCAGCCUAGAACCAUGGAUCCGACUCCUCACCUACGAGCCCUCCAAGGUGGCUCAGCUUAAACAAAUCGCGCUGAGCGGCAUCCUCGACCCUCACCCAGUGUCCGGCGAGAUCGAGGUGGACUGGGACCGCGAGGUCGACGUCAAGUACAAGAGGCUAGACCAGGAGACGCUACAGACCUUGGUCAUCAUCAAGCGCCUCUCUCUGUUCUUCCGUCUAGUCUUCUGCACUGGAGGCCCAGGCGACGGCGGCGACGGGUGGAAGGUGGGCGAAGUUGGAGUUACCAGCCCCACGCUUCUUGGCUUGUUUGCUGGUUUCGACAGCAUCCGCGAGGCCGAAGAGUCGUUCCAGGCGACAAAGACGACAACCAACGUGCGACUCAGCGUCAACGGCGGCCUCGCCUCAAGCGGCGCUCAAGGUGGUCGCAGCGCACCAGCUCCCGCCGCCGACGGAGAGACGGAUUCCGAUGACGCAUAUUGGGCUCGGUACGAUGCGACGCCCUCUCGAUCACCCAACUUGAAGCGUUCGCCGGCCCCCCGGGCGCUUGCACAAGCAUCACAGCCCGAAAUUCCUCGCAGCGGGUCGGCCGAAGCCGAGGCUGCCUACUUUGCGCGGUACGAUGCGAUCCCCUCUCAAUCGCCCGACUUGAAGCGCUCCCCGGCGCCCCGCGCGCUUGCGGCAGCGCCACAGCCCGAAAUUCCUCGCGGCGGGUCGGCCGAAGCCGAGGACGCCUACUUUGCGCAGUACGACUCUGUCCAGCCCGCCAUGGACAACCAGGAUCCCGACGAGGAGUUCCACCGCGUCGAACCCGCCGAGUACGCGGAACCGCUCCCGCCUCUGGGUCUGACGAAAUCGCAACCUGGGGAAGGCAACUGGUACAAGGUCGCCCAGGACGGGACCCAGGACUCUCCGGCCAUUGCGAAGCCCAUUCCAGUGAGGCGGGGCUCGUCGGGGCACGGAGGAAGCGACGACGGGACGCGCGACCUGGCUCACCCGCGUCCUGCUUCGAGCGCGAGUUCCCGCGGAUCCCAGACGGUCGCCCGGCUCGAAGGCGUCGCCGAGAGCCGCCAGCAAGCCGAGUUCGGCGUGAAACAGCACAUCUCGCGGAGCAUCAGGAGCCUGUUCCUGCUGUCGCAAGCCUCGGGCAUCGACCGGGAGGAGUUUGAGAGAUUGGUCCGGACUGAGCUCGACGUCCUGGGGAUGGUGGAGAACGACAUCUAGUUGAUCCGCUCUGGGAUGAAUUUUCUUCGAGGGAUCUUCGGGUUUGUAUUGUUUAUCUGCCCGGUAAUUUGCAUGUUUGGGGUGAGAUGGUCUUUUGGUACAGUAUUCCACGGUUGAGAGGUCCGCUUGUGCU